AUGUUUUUAAAAAAUAUCUUUAUUGCUCUUGCUAUUGCUUUAUUAGCUGAUGCUACUCCAACAACUUUCAACAAUUCUCCAGGGUUUGUUGCUUUGAAUUUUGAUGUUAUCAAAACUCAUAAAAAUGUUACUGGUCCCCAAGGUGAAAUCAAUACCAACGUCAACGUCAAGAGACAAACUGUUCCAGUUAAAUUAAUUAAUGAACAAGUUAGUUAUGCUUCUGAUAUUACUGUUGGUUCCAAUAAACAAAAAUUAACUGUUGUUAUUGAUACUGGAUCAUCUGAUUUAUGGGUUCCUGAUUCUCAAGUUUCAUGUCAAGCUGGUCAAGGACAAGAUCCAAAUUUUUGUAAAAAUGAAGGAACUUAUUCCCCAAGUUCUUCAAGUAGUUCUCAAAAUUUGAAUAGUCCAUUUAGUAUUGAAUAUGGUGAUGGAACUACUUCACAAGGGACAUGGUAUAAAGAUACUAUUGGAUUUGGUGGUAUUUCUAUCACAAAGCAACAAUUUGCCGAUGUUACUAGUACAUCAGUUGAUCAAGGGAUUUUAGGGAUUGGUUAUAAAACUCAUGAAGCUGAAGGUAAUUAUGAUAAUGUUCCUGUGACUUUAAAAAAUCAAGGAAUUAUUUCUAAAAAUGCUUAUUCACUUUAUCUUAAUUCAAGACAAGCCACUAGUGGACAAAUUAUUUUUGGUGGUGUUGAUAAUGCUAAAUAUAGUGGGACAUUGAUUGCUUUACCAGUUACUUCUGAUAAUGAAUUAAGAAUUCAUUUGAAUACUGUAAAAGUUGCUGGACAAUCCAUUAAUGCUGAUGUUGAUGUUUUGUUGGAUUCAGGUACUACCAUUACUUAUUUACAACAAGGUGUUGCUGAUCAAGUGAUUAGUGCUUUUAAUGGUCAAGAAACUUAUGAUGCUAAUGGUAAUCUUUUCUAUCUUGUUGAUUGUAAUUUGUCAGGAUCAGUUGAUUUUGCUUUUGAUAAAAAUGCUAAAAUUUCCGUUCCAGCUUCUGAAUUUACUGCUCCAUUAUACACUGAAGAUGGUCAAGUUUAUGAUCAAUGUCAACUUCUUUUUGGAACUAGUGAUUAUAACAUUCUUGGUGAUAAUUUCUUGAGAUCAGCCUAUAUUGUUUAUGAUUUGGAUGAUAAUGAAAUUUCAUUAGCUCAAGUUAAGUAUACUACUGCUUCUAACAUUGCUGCUCUUACUUAG